AUGGGUAGUUCAGAAGAAAAUGUGCAAACGAAUGAUGAUGGGAACGAGGUUGACAACGUGGUUAAAGGUGUGCCAAGUGAUACUCCUGAAAAUACCGCCACUGAGAAUACAGAAACCUCUUUAAAUAUUAGUGUAUCUUCUAACACUGGUAAUGACGCUAUUUCGUCUAAGGACAAAGAUGGUGCCGGAACAGGAUGUUCAAAGAAAACCAAAAAGAAAUCCAGACACGGUAAAAAGAGUCACUUACCUGUGAAAGACAAUCUCGAAAGAAGCGCCGUGCGACGGGUUCAUCAUACUGGCACAAAGUUUAAACAAAGUAAAAAACGAGCACAAAGUUUUCCUUCCAUAUCAAAAUUCUUCCUUCCAUACAAAAGGCCACGCAAGGAAGCUUUUAUUCCACCAACAAAAUUUCUUCUUGGUGGUAACAUAUCUGACCCAUUGAAUCUAAAUAGUUUACAGGAUGAAGAUGUGAACAGGGCUAUGAAUGCGGUAACUCCAGAAUCUUCACCGUUACCCACCCCACCAAGGCACAAGGCAAAGAUAGAUGUAAUUAUUCCGCCUAAUAUAAGAGAUCCUCUUAAUCUGAUGGAGCCUUUGGAUAAUGAAGAGUAUGAGAAGAGGUUGGAGAUGCAACAACGCAAGCCCAGAAAGAAACCACGGUUAAGACGUCGCACAACAGAAUCCAAUCCGCCUCUUGUAGAAGUCAAACCAGAAUUGGAGGAAGGCAUCAAGGAACCACCACCACCCGAACCAUCCACAUCUAAAGCACGAAAAAGAUCAUGUAGCGAUAGUGAAAAUAGCUCAUUAAAAGGAAAGGAUGGUAAAAAACUGCGUCGGAUGGACUCAUUAGAUAAGAUUGUGAGUCCAGUUGUUCCACAACCUGGGGCAUGGAUGAGGGCCAGACCUCAGCAACGAGCUGCUACACAAGACCGGCCCGCCUCACCUCACCGGACCAAACUGAAGAGUCUCUCGGAAGAUCAAAAAAUGCCUACAUUUCAUGCAAAAAAUUCAAGAUAUCAGUAUGGAAAUUAUGAUAGGUAUUAUGGCUAUCGUAAUUUAAAUGCUAUGAUGGAUAUAAGACUGCAAGUUUUUGAGAUGCAUCGGCACCUUUUUCAAAACAAGGAUGUACUCGAUAUUGGAUGUAAUGUAGGACAUAUAUCAAUAGCUGUCGCUCGCACACUUGGAGCCAAAUCAGUCGUUGGAAUUGACAUUGAUUCUGUGCUUAUUGGGAGAGCAAGAAAAAAUCUCAAAUCAUUCAUACCAGUACCAUCACACCAGCCGAAGGAGGAUGAUAAGAAAGUUGAUGGAGAUGAGAAACAAAUUGACUGUGAUAAGUUCAAAGAAGACAAGGUCGAAGAAACUUCCAAUGAGAAUAUUGAUAAAGAUGAUGACUCAAAAAAGGCUCUGCCAGUGAGAAAAUUGAAGAAGCCACGAAAAAAUAGGAAAUCUUUUCAUAAACAGGAACAAGGCCAAUGCUUUUUCCCUGUGUCAAUGGCUAUGAUGUUUGGGCCGCUAGCCGAACCUAAAGUUGUGGAGCCUGCAUCUAGUUUUCCAUAUAACGUCACAUUCAAACAGGGGAACUACGUGCCUCGGGAGGAGGUAACAGUUGGUUCUGGCAUUGAGAGUCCACAGUUUGACCUCAUCUUAUGUUUGUCUACAACAAAAUGGCUCCAUCUAAAUUGGGGUGACGCGGGUCUGAAGCGAGCGUUUCGACGAAUGUUCGCUGACCUCCGCCCUGGAGGCAAACUGGUUCUUGAGGCUCAGAAUUGGGCCAGCUAUAAGAAAAAGAAGCGCUUAACGCCGACAAUUUAUGAGAACUUCAAUUCCAUCGAAUUGUUUCCAAGCAAGUUCCGUGAGUAUCUCCUGUCUCCGGAGGUAGGAUUCAGCAAGUGUUGCAUUCUGGGCGUCCCGCAGCACGCGAGUAAGGGCUUCCGUCGGCCGAUACAGUUGUACGUGAAGGGCGACUUCACGCCGAGCAAGGCGCGGUGGUCGGAUGCGCACGCGCCGUCCUCCCACCACCGACCAGAAGCGGAGCCUCCCCGGCGCACAGUGUACGCGCCGGUCUCGCCCGCAUACCGCCCGAGUGACUACGCGCCCUCCUGCGGCGCUGUUACUCCGUAUUCACCGAAUCUGGACUGUAGCGCCGAUGACUCCCCGUUCUACAACCCUCGCAGUGACUCGUACGCGCCGUCGUACCAGCCGCCGCGGCCGACGGUGUACGCUACCCUGCCCUCCCCCCUGGGCAGCGCGUCUCCGGUGCCGUCGCCCGCAUCACCCGCGUCCCCUGCGCCGCACGCCUCCCCCGCCCCCGACCCGCUGUCGGCGCGGGGAUUCCCCCAGCCGGAGAGGAUGCACGACGACUGA